AUGGAGUUUACUUUUAGUGAAACUGGCAAGCUGUUAAACCGCGCUAGCGGAAGCUUUAUAAGAUGGACAGCGUUCGUACUUUGCCUGGUACCGGCAGUUUUCGGUCAAUUGGACUUGCCGCCAUACAGGGACAACAAUAUUGAUCGACAACUUCCUUCCAAUGAAUUAGAUUACCGAAAUAUCUUAGCUAGAUUAGAUUUCCUCGGUGCAGAGAGAUGCAGCGCCAACGUAAUAGCGCAAUGGGCGUACGAAACCAAUGUCAACGAAUAUACACAACUGCAAGCGCUGGAUGCACAACGGUUAUAUGCGGAUUUCCAAUACCAAGCUUGGAUUCUGAUUUCCAGAAUUGAUAUAAAUUCUAUUCAGGACCCCAUAAUUAGACGACGGCUUCGUUAUUUAUUCAUCGUGGGUCCUUCUGCAUUGCCACCUGAUCAAUUAGACAGAUACAAUCGCUUAAUCAACGAUAUGCUUGCCGUUUAUAAUGGGGCCACCAUAUGUGCUUACAACGAUCCCUUCCGAUGUGGAUUGCGUUUAUAUCCAGAUAUAUCGCAAAUUAUGGCAAAGAGUCGAGAUUGGGAUGAACUGCAAUACGUUUGGACUGAAUGGAGAAGACGAAGCGGUACACCAAUUAAGGAUCUAUAUCAACAACUUGUUACGUUGAACAAUGAUGCUGCAAGAUUGAAUAAUUUUACGGAUGCCGCUGAAUAUUGGAUGUUCCCUUAUGAAUCUCCCAAUUUCCAACAAGAUAUUGAAGAAGUUUGGGAAAUGAUACGUCCGCUUUACGAAGAACUGCACGCAUAUGUUCGCAGAAAGUUGAGAGAACUCUACGGUCCUGAAAAAAUCGGCGGACAUGCUCCACUUCCGUCUCAUAUCCUUGGUAAUAUAUGGGGGCAAUCUUGGAGCAAUCUCUUAGAUGUUACCCUACCGUAUCCCGGAAAAACAUAUCCCGAUGUCACGCCGGAAAUGCAAGCUCAAGGCUAUACACCAAUUGACAUGAUUCGAGUGGCUGAGGAAUUUUACCUGUCCUUGAACUUGAGUGCUAUGCCGCCGGAAUUCUGGGCCGGAAGUAUAAUCGCCGAUCCAGGCGAUCGUUCACUAAUUUGCCAAGCCUCUGCGUGGGACUUUUGCAAUCGUUUAGAUUACAGGAUUAAGAUGUGUACAAAAGUGACAAUGAAGGAUCUGAUAACUUUACAUCAUGAAAUGGCACACGUUCAGUAUUUCUUACGAUACAGCGGUCUACCUCGUGAAUUUCGUGAUGGCGCUAAUCCAGGAUUUCACGAAGCGGUCGGCGAGACUGUCGCUUUGAGCGUCGCGACGCCGCGUCAUCUGCAAACUCUGGGCCUGGCGAACAAAUUCAUCGAUGAGCGCUCCGCGGAUAUCAACUACCUCUUUUCUUUGGCAAUGGAAAAACUCGUGAUGCUACCUUUCAGCAUCACGAUGGACAGAUGGCGAUGGGACGUUGCUCGCGGCUACGUCAACAGAGAGGAAUACAAUUGUCACUGGCAUAGACUGAUGGAGCAAUAUGCGGGGACGAAACCGCCGGUACUGAGAUCCGAGGACGAUUUCGAUCCAGGUGCGAAGUAUCACAUCCCGGCCAAUAUCCCGUACAUACGGAAUUUCGUGGCUGGCGUCCUUCAAUUCCAACUGUAUCGCGCUCUCUGCCAGGCUGCAGGACAGAGAUACGUUGACAAUCCAAGAAGGCCGUUGCACAGAUGCGAUUUUUACAGAAACCCCGCGGCCGGCGGAAUCUUGGGGAGAUUGAUGGAAAAGGGUUCGUCCAUCCCAUGGCAGGAAACGCUCCGGGAAGCCACUGGUGAGUUCAGAUUAGACGGAUCCGCUCUUAGGGAAUACUUCCGGCCGUUGGAGGACUGGUUGAGGACCGAGAAUUUGAGAACGGGUGAAGUGGUCGGCUGGUCAUACGACGGAGACUUUUGCAAGAGGAGCAUAGAAACUGCAGGCCUGCAGGUCUACGGUAGUGGUUUUUAUAAUGGCGGUUCUACAUCGAUCUACGCGUCUUGGAUUACAACAGGAAUCAUGACACUUUGGGCAGUAUCGAUGCUCUAUUAAGUGCAUUAAGCAGUCAAUACAUUAUCAGGCAUUGAUAAUAAUAAAAUAAGUAAAAGAGCUCGCUACACAUUGUUAAUCUGCCAAGAUAUACCAAAUCGCAUAAUCAUAAUUCUAUAAUAUUGCCACCGAAAAAUCUUGAACAAAAAUAAUUAAAUUAUCCACUCAGAUAUUAUUUAAUUAAGUCGGUUAAUAAGAAAAUAAUGAUUAUUACUGCCAACAAAUGCGCUAAAGUGCGUAGCGCAAAAACUGAAUAUUUUUUGUAAGAUGGAAUGAUAUAUAUUUUUAUUCUAAAUAUAAUGCAUUAUUAAUUAUGAGAUGUUGUACGUAAAGACAUAAAUUUUUAUUUUACGAUUAAGAAUAUAUAUACAAUAUAUAAAGCGUGCAUGGAAAAAAAUAUUGUAUGUGUUGUACGUGAAUGUAAGUGCAUAAAUUAUUUUAUACACUUGAACAGCUCAUGAUUCAUUAAUUUUGUAAUUAUUAACUUCGCUAUUGAUAAGCAAAAUAAAUUUAUGUCCCUUUGUUGUUGUAAAUGCCCACUGUUUGUAUCACAGCACUUUUACGAACAAUUUCAUUUUUUAAGCAU